AUGCCUACAAUCCUCACGGCCCAAGGCUGGGUGAAGGUUGCCGAAUCUCCCACGAAACGACGAACUGUCGCCAUCGAUCCAGCAGAAAACCUCAAAGGUCCCCUCGCAUACUUCAGCUGCAAACGCACACCUCCCAAAGUCUUCCCAGGCGUACUGCAUCUACCGACUGGUGGGAAAGGAACAGGCGCAGUCAAAGGGCCAAGAGAAGCAUUUCCAUACGAUCUCAAUGCCAGCCCGGAGAAAUUGCGUGCCCAAGGCCGACUGAAGCACAACAGCCAGAUCGAUAAAGUCAAGAUUGGCGGCAAGAACCGAACGGUCUCAGCACCCAUGCCAGUAAUGCAUAUGGACGACUGCGACGACGCACACGCAUACUACAGCGACGAGGACGGCGCAGCGGAAGCUGGAGCCGUUGUGCCUCCUCCAAGAAGCUCACGACGCAGAGAAUCUCCUGUCCGAUCAUCUUCACCAUCACCCUCAUCCGCAGCCAUAGCGGCAGCAAGAGCCGCAACAAACAAUCCCCGUUCCAGCCGACACACGGACGAUGAUUCAAAGCCUCACAGCAGACACCACCACCAUAAAUCCCGCCAUCAUCAUCACCACGACGACGCGUCUAGCGUCUCCUCCCGCUCGACGGCGUCCUCGACCUCUUCCUAUCACUCACAUCACUCCCACGAGCGUGCGAGACCUGUCCAGGCCGCCCCGCAGCCGAUCAUCAUGUAUGCCACUGCGCCGCCGCCCAUGCCGAGCUCGUAUUAUAAUAACCCAUAUGAUUCAGGCCCGAGGCAUGCACAUGCACGUGCGCCGCCGAGCACUGGCGGCAGCAGUGCUAGGAGCAUGAGUUAUAGUUGGUAUAACGCUACCACGCCGCUAAAUCUGUGA